AUGGCGCCAAGCUUAAGCAAGAAAGAGGCAGGUGUUGCAGACCUGGUCGACGGCUGUAAUUCCUCCAUUACUCUCGAAGAAUCAAACCUCAAAGCCAACGGCCAUGUCUUCCUCACCCACAUCCCUGAUAACAUUACUCUCACCCCAUCACCUUGCACCACCAUUAAAGUUGCAGACAAAGAAAAACCCGUUUCCACCGUCGGAUCCUUCUUGGGUUUCGACGCGGCGGAGGCCAGCAGCCGCCACGUUGCACCCAUCGGCAAGCUGAGGAACAUUAAGUUCAUGAGCAUCUUCAGGUUCAAGGUCUGGUGGACCACCCAUUGGGUCGGCACCAGAGGCAGCGAUCUCGAGCACGAGACCCAGAUGGUCAUUCUCGAUAAAUCCGGGUCGGGCCGACCCUACGUGCUCCUCCUCCCACUCCUCGAAGGACCCUUUCGCGCCUCCUUUCAGCCCGGCCAAAACGACGACGUCGACGUCUGCGUCGAGAGCGGGUCAACGAAAGUGACCGCUUCCAGUUUCCAGAGUGUUGUUUAUAUCCAUUCUGGAUCCGACCCGUUUUAUCUAAUCAAAGAAGCCAUGAAAGUCGUUAGAAUUCACUUGGGAACCUUCAAGCUUUUAGAGGAGAAGACGCCACCUGGUGUCGUGGACAAAUUUGGUUGGUGCACGUGGGACGCAUUUUACCUUACGGUGCACCCGCGGGGCAUAAGAGACGGCGUUAAAGGACUAGUCGAUGGUGGGUGUCCACCUGGACACGUGUUAAUCGAUGACGGAUGGCAGUCCAUCAGCCACGAUGAGGAUCCCAUCACGAAAGAAGGCAUGAACCACACCGUCGCCGGCGAACAAAUGCCCUGCAGAUUACUCAAAUUUCAAGAGAACUACAAGUUCCGGGAUUACGUCAGCGCUAAAAGCUUAUCCACCGCCGGCGAAACUCCUAAAAAAGGCAUGGGUGCAUUUAUCAAGGACCUCAAGGAGGAGUUCAAGAGCGUCGAGUACGUUUAUGUUUGGCACGCGCUUUGUGGCUACUGGGGUGGACUCCGACCGAACGUGCCUGGUUUGCCGGAAUCCGUCGUGGUACGGCCGAAGCUGUCGCCGGGAUUGGAGAUGACGAUGGAAGAUCUCGCCGUCGAUAAGAUCGUUAGUACCGGCAUUGGGCUUGUCCACCCGGAGAUGGCCGAUCAGUUGUACGAAGGACUGCACUCGCAUUUGGAAAACGUUGGGAUUGACGGUGUCAAAGUGGACGUCAUCCACUUACUGGAGAUGUUAUGCGAAAAUUACGGAGGCAGAGUUGAACUUGCAAAGGCGUAUUACAAGGCUUUGACGGCUUCCGUAAGAAAGCAUUUUAAAGGGAACGGGGUAAUUGCCAGCAUGGAGCACUGCAACGAUUUCAUGUUUCUUGGAACAGAAGCCAUUUCUCUUGGUCGUGUCGGGGAUGAUUUUUGGUGCACCGAUCCAUCCGGUGACCCAAACGGCGCGUUUUGGCUCCAAGGUUGUCACAUGGUCCAUUGUGCCUAUAAUAGUUUGUGGAUGGGCAACUUCAUACAUCCAGAUUGGGACAUGUUCCAAUCUACACAUCCUUGUGCCGAGUUUCAUGCUGCCUCUCGGGCUAUCUCCGGUGGUCCAAUUUACAUUAGUGAUUCUGUCGGAAAACAUAAUUUUUCGUUACUCAAGCGUCUCGUAUUACCGGACGGGUCAAUUCUUCGAUGUCAAUAUUAUGCUCUUCCAACAAAAGAUUGUUUGUUCGAAGAUCCUCUCCACGAUGGUAAAACGAUGCUCAAGAUAUGGAAUCUCAAUAAGUAUACUGGUGUAAUUGGAGUUUUCAAUUGCCAAGGAGGAGGAUGGUGCAGAGAGAGCAGAAGGAACAAAUCUGCAUCUGAAUUUUCUCACCAAGUGACCACAAAGAUAGGCCCUAAGGACAUCGAGUGGGACACACCUGAAGUCAACAUUCCAAUCUCUGUUGAAAAAGUCAACCUUUUUGCUCUCUACUUAUCUGAGGCUAAGAAACUUGUUCUCUCUCAUUCCAAUGACAACCUUCAAAUCUCACUUCAACCCUUUAACUUUGAGCUCAUAACAGUCUCUCCUGUGUUCACAUUAGAUCCCAAAUGUAUCCAGUUUGCACCCAUUGGACUCAUUAACAUGCUUAACAAUGGAGGGGCAAUUCAAUCAAUGACUUACAAAAACGGAUCAGUUGAGAUUGGGGUUAGGGGAAGCGGGGAGAUGAGGGUUUUUGCUUCUAAAAAACCUAAGGCAUGUUUGGUUGAUGGAAAAAUAGUUGAGUUUGGAUUUGAAGAGAAAAUGGUUAUAGUGCAAGUUCCACGGUCCAAUCCUUCUGGUUUCUCCCUAGUUGAGUACUUGUUUUAAGAAAA